AUGGCUGGUGGUGAUCUUCUACCUUUUGUGUCCAUUGUUCUUGUGCAGUUAGGCUAUGCAGGGAUGAACUUCACAUCAAUGUUUGCCAUGCACUCUGGAAUGCACCCUCUUGUCCUCGUGGCUUACAGGCUUCUGUUUGCAACCGUGGCAAUUGCUCCCUUUGCUUAUUUCAUGGAGCGGAAGACAAGACCCAGGAUUACAAUGUCUAUUUUGUGCCAGACAUUUUUAUGUUCCUUAACAGGGGCAACUGGAAAUAUGGUCCUUUACUUUAUAGGGUUAAAGAACUCAAGCCCAACAAUUGGAUGUGCAUUAACUAACACACUUCCAGCAUUUACUUUCAUCCUUGCAGUCCUUUUCAGGCAAGAAUCUCUGGGAAUCAAGACCAGGCCAGGUCAAGCGAAGGUAAUAGGAACAAUUAUAUGUGUAGGUGGAGCCCUUAUAUUGUCAUUCUACCAUGGAAACAUCAUUAAUAUAGGCGAAUCCAGCAUUCACUGGACAUAUGCUGAGAAUAUGGAAAAGAAUAGCUCCACUUCUAGUGGCCAUGGGAAUGUCAUCUUAGGCCCCUUUCUCCUUAUUCUUAGUUCUCUCUCUUGGUCAAUAUGGUUCAUAAUCCAAGCAAGAAUGAGCAAGACGUUUUCAGCACCAUACACAAGUACCACAUUGAUGUGUUUCAUGGGCUUCAUUGAGUGUGGGAUCAUUGCCGCAAUUUUCAAACCUGUCAUUUCUGCAUGGUCAUUGAGCAAUCCAAUGUGGCUUCUUGCAGCUCUCUAUACAGGGGUUGUGUGCUCUGCACUAGCAUUUGCUGUCACUUCAUGGGCUAUCCAGUUGAAAGGUCCUCUCUAUGUCUCAGUGUUCACUCCCUUGUUGCUUGUUAUAGUGGCUAUUACCAGUUGGGCCCUGCUUCGUGAGAAAUUAUAUGUUGGAACUGCUUUAGGGUCACUUUUGAUUGUUAUGGGGCUUUAUGCUGUUCUAUGGGGAAAAAAUAAGGAGACAAAACUGGCAAAUGCUAUCGAAGAGAUAGAAACAACAAAGAUAGAUGAUGAUAUGAUCACAAAGGACUUGGAAAUGCAGUUUGAUGCAAAAUCAAAUGGCAAUCACAAUAGAGCAGAGAAACCAGAAGACAUGUAAUCCAAUUCAAAAUUGUUGAGUGCUCCAUCCCAUGCUGAAGUGUAACGUAUGUUCCAAUUUAUUUCACCUCAAUGUCCCAAGUUUCACAAUUUCAA